AUGCCUAACAAAUGUAUAGUACCUGGUUGUAAUACAGGUUAUGCUACUUGCAAAAUAAAAUUAUCAGUGUUUUUUGCACCAAAAGAUGAUGAACGAAGAAAAGAGUGGGAGGAAAAGCUUCAAUUAAUAAAGCCAUUGUUGGCAAAACAUUUUGUGUGUGAAAAACACUUCCGCACAGAAGAUAUAAUAAAAAGCUACAAACACAAGGAUGAAAAAAGCAAUGUGCUUCUCGAGAUUCCGAAUAAACGAGCUCAACUGGUAAAGGACGGAGUACCAAUAGCAAUAUCGCCGCAACAUAUAGGCAAUAAAGAAAACUUGCAGGAAAAUGAAAAUAUUACAGAUGAACAGCUUAACAUAGUUCCAAUAUCACAACCUUUGAUAGAAGUAUCACAGAAUUUGAUAGAAGAUACUAAAAAGUACCAGAGGCGCGAAACUGUUAUUGAACAUAAUAAUUUGUUUACGGAACUACUGAAUAAUCCAUCUGUGAUAAAAAUACCGACAAAUUGGUAUUGUACAUCAUCCAAAAAACAAAUUAAACACGGACUUUUAUUAAUCGACGAAAUCUCAUUGCGGGAAUCUAUUUCCGUAAACUCAUCAAACUUAACAUAUAAAGGACUUGUCGAUUUUGGUGAAGAUGGCAAGAAAGCUAAAUGUUUAGACGAAAAAGCAACAAGCGGUUUAGUCUUAAUGUUUCAACCGCUUGCCGAUAAGUACACGCAGCCAAUCGCAGUAUUUGCUUCUCGUGGUCCUGUCAAAGGAGUAGAACUAGCUAAAUUAGUUAUUCAAGCGAUCAUUUUCCUCGAAAAUGCUGGUGUCUUAGUUCAUGGAAUUAUAUCUGAUGGUGCGGAAACUAAUAGAAAAAUGUGGAGCGAGUUAGGAGUGUGUGGAAAAAUGGAUAAUUUAAAAAACUGGUUCAUACAUCCUGUCAAUGAUGAACGAAAAGUUUUCGCUUUCUCUGACACACCACAUUUAAUAAAAUGCAUUAGAAAUAGAUUGUGCUCGAAAGAUAAGCGCUUGAGG